GUCCAGACCCCGUGGCUUCCUUCAUUCACAACGCUCUCCCACACACCAUGGCUUCCGAAGAGCAAGAUGCACUAGAUGCGCUUGAGAGAGAAGCAUCGGACUUUGUCAAGGAUGCAGAAAUUGACCGUAUUCGAAAAGCGUUCACCUUAGACGCGUACGCUGUCCUCGAUCUACAGCCGGGUGUCACGGAAUCAGACAUCAAAGUUCAGUACCGCAAAAAAUCCCUCCUCAUCCACCCGGACAAGACCAAAAACCCUGCGGCCCCCGAUGCCUUUGACCGCCUUAAGAAAGCACACACGGCGCUCAUGGAUGAAAAAUCCCGUACAUAUCUAGAUGAGUGCAUUGCUGAUGCACGACGACUUCUAAUUCGCGAACACAAGUACACGUUAGACUCGCCGGAGCUGACGACGGAGGACUUCAAGAAGGAAUGGCGCCAAAAGACCGUUCAGGUGCUCCUGGAAGAAGAGGCGCGACGACGGAGACAGGCCAAGGCCAAGCUCCAGGAAGAAGGACGAGAGAGACGCAAGGAAGAAGAAGAGCUAGAGGCGCGCAAACGGAAACGGGACCAGGACAAAGCUUGGGAAGAUAGUCGUGAGGAGCGGAUUGGCAGCUGGCGGGAUUGGCAGAAAGGUGUCAAGAAGGAAGGUGACAAGAAGAAAAAAAAGAAGAUGAAGGUUUUGGGAUGAUAAGAGGAUCAGUUGGCCUGCAUGACUCGCACUGAUUGUUCUGCAGGCCAGUCUGGUCAACCGGCGUUGUGCGGAUCUACUUGGAGCUGUUAUACUGUGGUCAUUAUAUUGUCAUCAUCAUCGCUAUUGGUGUUCUAGUGCUUGUAGGUAGUCAUUAGCGGCGUUGUCUCCUAUAAUAGUAUGAACGACACUUAUCCUGGUUGAUGCCAAUAAGAUGUUGUCACACCCCCACCGAGUUGACCCUGGUCCUG